AUGGCCGCCGAUCCCUCCACCAGCGGCUUUGCAGACUUUGCAUUGCUGGUCGACGCAAUACGAUCCCUCACCGUUGCGCAGGCAAAGGCGCUCAUAAAGGACGUCAACAACGAACCAGAGGCGGCUUGCGGCCGUCUGGCACUCUCGGGCAACAAGCCCGAGAUCAUCAAUCGCCUCAUCACCUCGCUCACAGAACGCAAGAAUCAGGGCGACAUCAGAGGAUACCAGCGCUUUCGCACCCUCAUCGGCAGAUACAAGGGCAUGCAACACGUCGCCGCUGCACAAUCCUACAACCGCACCGGACUGACACCAAGCACAAGUACGUAUGGAGCCAUCAACGCCGCAAGAGCGUAUGCGGGACCAGCGCAAAGUUUGGGAGGCAUUCCUGCUAACAAGGCCUCAAACGUUGCAUCGUCCUCUUACUCUCCUCUAGCAAGCGCUGGCGCCCCGUCGUCGCGACCCAUGGGCUCAGCAGGUGCGGCGCGCAUCAACUUCAAGCCGUCGCCGUUCUACGAGAUCAAGCACUUUGUGUCGCCCAUCGUCCAGUGCCCCGAGGCACCCACGCAGAACGACCGCAAGAACGCCACGCUCUUUGUCAACCUCUCCGCCGAGCAGGUGGAGCAGCUCAAGGGUCCCAAGCACCAGCUCCGGCUCUUCUGCACCACCGUCGAGGCGCAUGCAGCAUCGCUCUCGGGACGCAAUCCCGCCACGGUCGAGUUCCCGCUCACGUGCGAGGCGCGCGUCAACACGCACACUCUCUCGACCAACCUGCGCGGCAGCAAGAAGAACGUCGGUCGAGUGCCGCCACCCAACCUCAACAAAGAUGGCAUGCUUGCGCUGCGCGACGGACGUCCGAAUCGCAUCGAUCUGACGUACACCAAUGCGCCCAAGCGACACGUGCUCGUGGCGGCCAUCUGCGAGAUCACCACGGUGGAGAUCCUGGUGGAGCGGCUCAAGUCGCAGCAGUUCCGCACCAAGGACGACGUGCUGUCGCGCAUGCGCAGGGAGGCCGAGGACGACGACAUCGAGGCGGGCGCGGCGACCAUGAGCCUCAAGUGUCCGUUCAGCUACAUGCGCAUCGCCACACCGUGCCGCUCCAUCCACUGCUCUCACGUGCAGUGCUUCGAUGCCUACAGUUUCUUCUCGGUCAACGAACAGACGCCAUCGUGGGCGUGCCCCGUAUGUCACAAGAGCAUCAAGGUGGAGGAGCUCAUCAUGGACGGCUACGUCGACGACAUUCUGAAGCGCGUUCCGCAGGACGAGGACUCGGUGGUUGUGGAGCCCGACGGAUCGUGGCACACCUCGGACGGCAAGGUGAGCUCGGCGGGCACGGCGCAGGCCACGCCCGCCGCCGAGGGAACUCCGCUGCAGGAGCGACUGCUGAAUGGACACGACGAAGAUGUCAAGCCUGUCGCAGGCCACGGCAAGUCGAACGGCACGCGCACGCCGAUGGACGAGAUUGUGUUGCUCGACAGUCCCUCACCGCCACCCCAAUCUGCAGCAAACGAGGCCGCACAAGCACCAGCCGCAGCGGCACGAGCAUCAGCACCAGCAGCAGCGGCACCAGCAGCGCCCAUGGUGAAUGGCGGAUCAGCACAGGCGGCGCGGAACGGAUCUUCAAGCAGCGCAACGGCGCCUCCCAAGGCACCACGAGCAGCAGCUCUCGCAGCGCUGCCGGAGCGCAUCGAGCUACUGAGCAGCAGCACCAACUCGAGUGCACGCCAAUCGCCCGCAGUCGCCGCCAACGACGUGAUCGACCUCACUUUGGAUAGCGACGACGAAGCCGAGCCGUCGGUGCCCACGCGUCCUGUCGCGAGGAACGGCAACCAUGUGCACGCCUCGCACGCCUCGCAUGGUGGCAGUAGCAGCAGCAGCGCGGGAGGAAGUCAUCGAGGAUUCGCGCAGUUUGCUCCGACGCCGCACCGCACGGGACCGUUUGCAGCGGCGAUGGCGAGGGCAGAGGCGACGCCGGAGGACGAGCAGAUCCGACGCCCGGGCAAGCGUCCGCGUGUAGACGCCAACGAGAUCCCAACGCCGUCCGAUCCACGGCUUGCGAAUGGCAGGCGAGCAGCAGGACAGUCCACGGCGCCGGUGCCGUCGUCGUACCUCGAUGUGGGCGCGAACGGCACGGGCGGUCGAGAGGCAGGUAGCACGACGGCGAAUGGGGCCGAGACAGCCGCACCGCGUGGCGGGGAUGAGGCCGAGGACGCGUGGAUGGACAACGCCGACGCCAGCGAGCACGAGCAGUACCUCAACGAAGAAGACUGGUGGUCGCCUGGCGCGUGA